UUAACCGAUAUCUCAUUUUCAACUCGCGUGGUCUAACACAAUUGCAUUUACGAACGCGCGGGAUGAUAUUUAUUGCCAAGGAUGGCUGAAGAUAAAAUUGUUCUUUAAUGCCUUGUUGGACAAUGCACACAAUUUAUUGAUAAAUUUGCAAGUCUAAACAUUCAUCAGGGACUCGAUUUAUGGUAAUGGCAGAAUCUGAUUUGUGACAAAACAUUAUCUGGUGGAAGUACUAAAAACCUUUGAUACGAGAUACUGUAAACAGUUAGACAUAAUCGGGAGUGUUGGAUUUCUCUUGUGCCGAUUCUAGUGUCAUGUCAGAGACGUGAUUGAUAUUAAAGAAAGCUGUACGAGAAACAAAUCUUCUUUUUCUGAAAAAAGGUUUCACGUCAAGAAUGGAAAGAAUUAUUGAAGAUUUUCUAAAUGAAAAAUAUUUUGGAAUACAAUUUAUAAUUUAAAUUUUGAAUUUGAUAACUUUAAAUUUAAUCAAUUGAAAGGGAUCAUUUUUUAUCGGAUUAAUAUGUUUUCGCAUAAUUUAUCGAACAGUGAAUAUGUCUGAAUUACUUAAACUAUAAAGUGGAAUAUAUAAAUAUGUUUAUAUAAAUAUGCUUGAAAUGAAAUGUAUAUAAACUUUGUAUAUAUAGAUCUAUAAGUCGUGCGUGAACGAAACCUUUAUCAUUUUAGUUUUAUAAUAAUUACACUUCUAAGUUCAAAAUGAGUUUGAACGUGAGCUACAGAUUCCCCGAGGUUGAAAUGGCGGCCAACAAAACACCCGAACAAAAUGUAUCCGGUGGAACCGCUGACCAGGAAUAUUACGAUUUAUUACGUCAUCCGAUUUACAUGGUGAUCAUUUACUCUUUGGCAUACACGACCAUCAUGAUAUUUGCUAUUGUUGGUAAUGUAAUGGUAGUAGCUGUAGUGGUAAGAAACCAAAGUAUGCAUACUGUCACAAAUUACUUCAUAGUGAACCUCGCUAUAGCCGACAUAAUGGUUGCCCUUAUCUGCUUACCAAUGACACUCCUGUCAAAUAUUUAUACAGGUUGGCACUUUGGUUGGUUUAUGUGCAAAGCAACGCCAUAUCUACAGGGUGUAUCCGUCUGUGCCUCAGUCAAUACUCUUGCUGCUAUUGCUGUAGAUAGAUACCUCGCAAUAUGCCAUUCAAUGGAACUAAAAAUCAGUAAAAAGGCUUGCAAAAUAACUAUAUUUGUAAUAUGGAUAGUUGCGUUUACAAUCAUGAUUCCAUGGGCUGUGUACUUUCAACUUGGAACAUAUAAAAACAAAUAUCAGGUUUUCCCAGUUUGUUAUGAAAACUGGCCUAGUGAGGCGAACAAAAAAUAUUACUUUCUUGGAGCAAUAUUCCUAUGCUGUUAUUCGGUUCCAUUGGUACUUAUAGUAGCAUGUUAUCUACUUAUUGGUGUCAGAGUUUGGCGGAGGCGAGCACCGGGAGAGAAGAAUACUAGUUUAGAAGUAGUUCACAAGUCGAAGGUCAAAGUUGUGAAAAUGCUAGCAAUUGUUGUUGUUCUUUUUGCAUUCUCUUGGCUACCUUUAUACGUAAUUCGAUUGGCGACAUUCUAUGGAGCACCUCCGGACAAAGCUGUUGCAAAAAUAGUUAACGAAAUAAUAAAUCCCAUUGCUCAAUGGCUGGGAUCUUCAAACAGUGGAAUGAAUCCUAUAAUUUACUGUUUCUUCAGUAAAAGGUAUCGAAAUGGCUUUAAAAACGCUAUUAUGUCCUGUUGCAGACGACACGAUGACAGAUUUGGAACUAGAACGCUAGCCAGUGCUAUGGCAGCACAUUCAUAUAUGAAUGGUAGUUCAAGGAAACUGAGAAAAUCAUACCCGUUUCAAAUGCUUGCCUUAGGGAAACAACAAGAGGAGAAAUUGUCCGCGGAACCCUGCAAUCCAAAUUGCCAGUCAACAUCCACUAUGGACAAGACAUCGUUUCUGCAGACAGAAGGAUGAAAGUAGUUUGAAAAAUUAAUCUACAGAUGAAUUUUUUAAUCGUACCUCGUUUAUUGCUAUUUUGCAAUUUAACACAGUGUUUAUGAAUAGUUACUACCUAAAUGAUAAAAGGCGUGUUUUGAAGAUAUAAAUUUAUUUUUGUUUGUGUUUAUACAAACAGCAUUCAGCUUUAAAAACAAUCCAGUACAAUAAUAAUUUAUUUAAAUACAUUUUGCCACUUCUUUGAAUUCUUAAUUACCAGGCUUUAAACUAGUUAUUUGCUUCUAAAUGAUAUCAAAAUAAUAUAUUCUUGUAUCAUAGUUUGGAGACUUUACUAUUAAAAACGUGUCAGAGUUAUAUCGUGUACCAAUGCAUGCACAGUGCGUUAAAUGGAGUGCAGGCAUUAGUUACCUGAAACACUGUCUGUUUCAUUGAUUGGCUAUUUUUGUCUUACUAGGUUUACUUAUUUUGUCUACACAGAAAGAGAUAUCAAACAGAUCCUCGUACAUUUGUUACUUUUUCUUAUAUAGCCAUUUACAAAGAACAAGAUCAAACACAAUAGUACAUGCAUGUACGCAAUACUCGUACUGACUUAACACUGUAAUUAAAGUUAGCAACAAUUUAUUUCAUCUACGAAUUAGCGUGCAACAUACAUUAUGACAGAUAAACAGAUAUCGAUUCUACCUGAUUUAAAAGUUGCUUUUUAUAAAAAAAAAGAAAAGAAAAAAACAAACACGUUUAUACUAGACUGGAAUAUUUUAAAUAACACUCAACACAAUAACCGGCGAAAAAUAUUACUAUUGUCAUUAAUCUUAUUAUCAUUUGUAAAACUAUUAUAAACAUCGUCACAUUUUUGUUAAUGCACACGUUGUGGAAUCAAAGUUACAUGUUGAUUUGGGUAAAGGAACUGCCAAUUUCAGAAAUAUUUGAACCCAGUUCCUUUGAGUCAUCAAAGCAUAAAGGUGCUGUAACAUCAUUGUCUUUACCCUUUAAAACAAUGUAUACAAUCAUAGAAAGUAUGCUGAACUGCAAAUAAAAUUACGAAAACCUGUUUUAAUACGAUUGUUUGAUAAUCAAGUUAUAAUUGAUUUUAUAAAUGCCCAUUAAGUAGGUUGUAAAAAUUAUUUAAAAAUGAAUUGUUGACAUGUAUACUCAGGAAGAAAUUUAACUUCAUUCCUGUUAUUUUAUAUGCUUGUGUGUGUAUAUGAUUAUACAUCUCUAAGUACUUUUAUAAUAUACAUUAUGAAAACAUAAACAAAAUAUGAAAGGCAAUACUAAAACAUCAAAUAAAUAAGUCAAAUAUGUUGAAUCUGAAAUGAGAAAUGAUAAUCCUGUAUUUGAAUAAUUCGAACCAGAAUAAUCUAUAAACAUAGAUUGACAGCAUUGACAGUAUAAUAAUAAUAUAGAUGAACCACCAACAACAAAAUGUAACACAAUAAUAAAUGCGAGAUGCCAAUUCCACGAAAUUUCAACAUUUUGCAGUUAACAUAAUGAUGAAAUAUUCGCUAGUUUUGUCGUUGUUAUAUUCUGAGAGAAUAUAAAAUUUGUAGAC